AUUAAAGGAGAUAUGAAGUUUGUUGCAUUUAGAUGACAUAAGGAGUGUUGGUUCUCACAUAUUACUUUUAGAAAGAGAUGAAAGUCGGUGCUCUUCUGACCUCAGCAGGAAUCAACAUUGGCCUUUGUGUACUUUUUUUGUCACUGUAUUCCAUUCUGAGGAAGCAGCCACAAAAUGUUAAGGUUUAUUUUGGAAGAAGGAUUGCUGAGGAGAAUAACAGGCUCAGGGAGGCUUUUAUUUUGGAGAGAUUUGUUCCAUCCACUAGCUGGAUCAUAAGAAGCCUGCGAUGCACGGAGGAUGAACUCUUAGCUACUGCUGGGUUGGAUGCAGUUGUCUUCAAUAGGAUUCUUGUAUUUAGCAUACGCAUCUUCUCCUUAGCUGCUUGCCUUUGUGUACUUGGGGUUCUUCCACUGAAUUAUUUUGGACAAGAUAUGCUCCAUGUACGAAUUCCUUCAGCAUCGUUGGAGACAUUUACAAUAGGAAAUAUGCAAGAGAGAUCAAGAUGGCUCUGGGUCCAUUGUGUUGUGCUCUACGCGAUAACUGGUGUAGCUUGCUUUCUUCUAUACCUUGAGUACAAGCAUAUUGCUAGGCUGAGGUUACUUCAUGUUUCUCGAGCAGUGACCAAUCCUAACCAUUUUACUGUGCUUGUUCGUGGAAUACCAAAAUCAACUAAAGAAUCAUUUAGUUGCACUGUGGAGAGUUUCUUCAUCAAGUACCAUGCGUCUAGCUACCUUUCUCAUCAAAUUAUUUAUAAAGUCGGUAAAGUCCAGAAGAUUGUGAGUGGUGCAAAGAAGGCUUAUAGGAAGUUUAAACAUUUCAAGGGCACCACAGUUGGUCAGCGCUCCAGGCCAGUUACAUAUCGAUGUGGUCUUUGUGGAGCAUCAUCAAAUUCAUUCCAGCUGCUGCCCGUUGAACCUGAGCAAGAGGGGGAAAAACCUGAUGCGAAUGAUUCAGACUUGAACUUACCUGAUGAGGAUUGUGGUGCCGCAUUUGUAUUUUUCAAAACUCGGUAUGCAGCCCUGAUCGUAUCAAAAAUUCUUCAGACAUCCAACCCUAUGAAAUGGGUCACUAGUCUGGCUCCAGAGCGAGAUGAUGUUUAUUGGUCAAAUCUUUGGUUACCCUACAGACAGCUUUGGUUACGCCGCAUAGCUACACUUUUGUGUUCUAUUGUUUUUAUGUUCUUAUUUCUCAUACCCGUGACAUUUAUACAAGGUCUAACUCAGUUGGAGCAGCUGCAGCAAAGGCUCCCUUUCCUGAAAGGCUUAUUAAAGAAGACGUACAUAACCCAGCUAGUGACUGGAUAUCUUCCCAGUGUCAUCUUGCAAAUAUUUUUAUAUACUGUUCCCCCAACCAUGAUGCAUUUUUCUACAUUAGAAGGACCUGUGUCCCACAGUGAAAGGAAGAGGAGUGCCUGCAUCAAAGUAUUAUUCUUCACUAUUUGGAAUGUAUUCUUCGUAAAUGUCCUUUCAGGAUCUGCAAUUAGCCAAGUGAAUGCAUUAUCAAGCCCAAAGGACAUUCCUAUGCAGCUUGCUAGAGCAGUACCUGUACAGGCUACAUUUUUUACUACGUAUGUACUGACUUCAGGUUGGGCUAGUCUAUCAUCAGAAGUUAUGCAACUCUUUGGUCUCAUAUGGAACUUUAUAAUGAAAUAUGUUUUGAGAAUGAAAGAGGAUAGCUACUUUGUUCCGUCGUUCCCUUAUCACACUGAAGUACCAAAAGUAUUGUUGUUUGGACUGCUGGGCUUCACAUGCUCUGUAUUAGCACCUCUCAUCUUGCCCUUUUUACUGGUGUAUUUUUUCCUUGGUUAUGUUGUUUACCGCAACCAGUUCCUCAAUGUUUAUUGCACAAAAUACGACACAGGUGGUCUGUAUUGGCCGAUUGCACACAAUACAACAAUAUUCUCUAUUGUGCUCACCCAGAUCAUCUGCCUUGGUGUCUUUGGGCUUAAAAAAUCACCAGUAGCUGCAGGCUUCACCGUACCUCUCAUCAUCCUUACUCUUUUAUUCAACCAGUAUUGCAGCAAUCGUCUUCUCCCAUUGUUCAAGACGCUCCCCGCACAGGAUUUAAUUGACAUGGACAGGGAAGACGAGCAAUCGGGGAGAAUGGAAGACAUUCACCACUGUCUUCAUUCUGCUUACUGCCAGUUUGCUGACACUGACGACAUACCGUUGAAAGGAAUCCACGUUGACAGAGAUGAAGACGGGAGCGGCAGUUCUGGUGAAUCUAGCUGCAAAGAUGACUCCACCCAGCCCACCACAGCAACUGACAUUUCUCACCCUACACUGGAAGGACUCCCUGUAAGCCGGCUGCGGCACGCAGUGAGGUCACUCGGUUUCAUUGUCAGGUUACAGAAGAGAGGCCUUUCAUCAUCAAAGCCUGCUGGACCAUCCUCCGAUGUAAAUCCGCAAACCGCAUAAGUUUUGCUGAUAGGACAUACAUACAUACAUUGAGUAAAAGAAGCAUAGAAGCAUUAUAUGAAAAAAAAGGAAGCAUAGAAAUGGACGAGAGAGCCAUUUUAGUUGCAAGGGUAAAAUUUUGUUUGUGUAACUACCGCCUGAGCAACUUGACAGAUUCUUUUGGCCAUACCAAAGUUUUGAUUUCAACCUGAAUAAUUGGUUAUUGAUUGGUGAUUUGGUCAAAUACUGCCUUGCAUAAUCUGGGUGA